AUGAUUGUUGCAGUAGGUAUAGUCAUGAACAGCGAUGAAUUCUCUUACUUCUCAGACUUGAGUGGUUGCUCAUUGACUACUCUUUCCAUCACUGUAGGAACCAUAGUAAUAGUCAUAGCCAUUUUUGGCUGUUAUGGUGUACUUCAAAAGAGCACUUGUAUGAUUCAAACUUUUUCACUUUUAUUAUCAACUGUACUUAUGCUUCAACUUGCACUUAUAGUAGCUGCCUACGCUAUGAAAGACAAUAUUGUUAAGUCGAUGAAAGAAAAGUUUCUUUUCACUAUGAAUCAGUCCUUUAAGAGUCGCAAGGCCCGUGCGACCAUGGAUUUCUUAGAGAGCAGAUUGCAAUGCUGUGGGUGGGAUGGAGUAGAUGACUGGGUGACAUCAUACAUUAAUCAUGACAAUAUAAAGUCAUACUACAGCAUUUCAAAAAACUGUAAAACUUAUUAUGUUUUUUAUAAACAAGGUUGUCUGGAAAAAUUGGUUGGCUUUAUGGUUAACUAUAGAAUUUGGAUAAUUCUUGCAGCCACAAUAAUUAUUUGUAUUCAGAUUCUUGUUAUAGUUUUUGCUCACAAGCUGAAGUGCCUAAUUAUAAAACACAAAAUGGGUCGAGAUAUGCAUCAGUUGCAGACAUGA